AGGACAUUGGGGGUAGGUCAAACUCAAGUUGGACGGAUUUGAGCGGCGGCCAAGACUAAGCCUAACACCCAGAACGGGUGAGUUGGAAAGAAGUGGAUGGUGGCGCCCAAACAUGCCAGCCCUGGUUUAACUCGUGGCUUCAACCUGGGACUACGGACUAGACAUGGACGGGAUGACUGACUAAUCUCUCGGCCGCUUCAUGGACCCUCCUCCGAGCUACGCCUAACUAACUCACCAACUCCCCGCGAACGUUUCAAACCAAGAUGGCUGGGUAAGGCCCAAGAACCACUCCACCGACUGACUCGACCCUUGAGUGAGCCAUGAAUUUUCGGGCGCCCGCCCGCCCCUCGGGCACCCACCCCAAAUCUACGUCCACCUCUAUUUUGUCCAAAUUCAAAAGCCGCCCCGCCCCCAGCCACCUGGCCCAGAGUCAAUCCACCCACACCCUUUUGACCGAGCCCACCCCACCCCCGCCCGCGGCCAAGCGCUCUCGGGUCGAACGCUCAUCCCCGGUCCGACCCGUUAGCCCCGCGCCCCGGCCGGCCACCGCGCCGACCCACCCGCCGCCUCGGGUGGCGGGCUAUGGUCGACACACCGUUAGCAGCAUCGAGCGACUUUUCUCCGAGUUGCGUUUGACAUUGGAGCCCGCGUUGCCCACCCCCGGCGGUGAGGCUGUGCCCGUGCUGGCCCGCUUGGCCGGUUCUUGGGUCCACACGCCGGUCAACCCGGGCGAUGUGGUGCACGUGUUGGCGUCGGCCGUGGCGCCGGCUCAAGCCGAACAAGCGGAUCAGGUUGAGUACUUGAUUAAUGACCGGGCCGGUUUGUGCGUGGUCAAUCCGGAUCAUUUGGUAUCGGGCACGUCGGUCGUCUCCACCCUGUUCUGUCCUCGGCAAGCCGUGCUCAAUGAACGCUUUAAAGGUUUAUCAGGUUCGUCCAAAACCAUGUUCAUCGGAACGCUAGUCCACGAGCUCCUCCAGAUUUGUCUGGCUCGUCAAGCUCAGACGCGAGCCGCCAUUGACGAACAACUACGCCUGGUCUUGCAAAGUCCGGCCAUCUUGCGGGACAUGCUGUUACUGUCCAUGACCUUAUACGAAGUGCGUCAAGAAGUGGAACUCUUCCUACCGCAUAUUCUUUAUUUUACCGAAAAGUAUGUUCUGGGGCGUGUGGUGUCGCCGCCGGAGCCUGCCUUCGCUCACACUCAAUCCACCACCCGAGCCCCGCCCAAACCGGAAAUUUGGCCUGGCCAGGUGGAUCGAGUUUGUGAUAUCGAGGAGAAUGUAUGGUCGCCUCGUUUGGGUAUGAAAGGCAAGAUAGACUUGACCGUCCAAGUUAAACUCCAUCACCGUGACCGACAAGGUCGAGAUCGCAAGGUCAUGCCGUUAGAAUUGAAGACAGGGCGAGCCUCGGGCUCUGCAGAACAUCGUGGUCAAGUGAUUAUGUACAGUAUGAUGAUGGCCGAACGUCGGCCGGAUCCCGAGGCUGGCCUGCUUUUGUACCUGCGGAAUUCUUCAGUUCAAGAAGUACGAGCGGGGGUUCACGAGAUGAGAGGUCUGGUGCAAUUACGGAACGAGCUGGCCUCGCACUUAAAGAACGGUCCAUCUGAAAGUGGAGAAUUGCCACCGCUCCCCGAACCCAUCAACCUGAAGCGUGCUUGUGGGCAGUGCCCACACUUGAUGGCCUGUACUUUGCACCAGAAAUUGAACGAUACGGUGCCUCCUGCUCCGCAUGCCAUGGCCGAAUUGGUCCCGCAAACUUUGUCUCAUCUUCAAGAGGACGAUUUGCAAUUUUUCAAGAAGUGGAGUCUCAUGUGCGCCAUGGAAGCUGAAGAAUCUGGCAAGGGCAGCAAACUCAAAGAAUUGUGGUGCCGGACUCCAACGGAACGGCAGGCUCAGAAUACGGCCAUCGCUCAAUUGCGAUUAGUGCCUAAGAAAGUAUCCAGUGAUAAUCUGCACACUUUCGUUAAGUCGAACGGACCCCUUCCUCCCGUAUUUCAGUUAGGUGAGACUGUGAUUUUAAGCAGUGAAACCGAAUUGGCUCUUUCUCAAGGGAUUAUUACAACGUUGGACGAGGAUCAAUUGUCCCUCGCCUUGGAUAGAGAUUUGAUGAAACAAGACGAUUCCAUUGACAAGGUUUACCAUUUGGAUCGGUACGAGUACCAAGGAUCGAUGGCUUCUAGUCGUGUUAACCUAGUCAAACUCAUGUCAAAUUUGCCAAGGGCCGCCGAGCUUCGUGACUUGAUUAUUCGACAGACUCGCGUUAAUUUUGCCAAGGGCUUGCCCAAAGACAUUUUAGACGUGGCCAAACCCAUUCUAAAGUCCUUGAACAGAGUCCAACAAAAGGCCGUGUUCAAGUUACUCAUGGCCGAGAAGUUUGUUGCUUUGAAAGGAAUGCCAGGGACGGGUAAGACCACACUCAUUGUGGCCUUGGUGAGAAUGAUGUUGGCUUUGGGCAAGUCCGUCUUGCUCACAAGCUACACGCACUCUGCGGUGGAUAAUAUUCUCCUGAAACUUAAGACCCAUACUCAUUGUUUUCUCCGCUUGGGACGAUAUUCCCGGAUUCAUCCCGAUAUUCAACCAUUCAGUGUUGAGAAAAUCAGUCAGACCCUUCCUGACCUCGAUUCCUUGGAUCAGAAGUACUCUCAAACCCCGGUUGUGGCUACCACCUGUCUGGGCCUAAAUCAUCCGGCUAUCGUGAAUAGGACGUUUGACUUUUGCAUUGUGGAUGAGGCAGCUCAAUCCCAAUUCCUGGCUGCCCUUGGACCUUUGUUUUACUGCCACAAAUUUAUCUUGGUGGGCGAUCCUGACCAACUCCCUCCGGUGGUUCAAAGUGGUUCAGCUCGUUCAUUGGGUAUGGAUGUUAGUCUCUUUGCUAUGCUUGAGCACGAGUCCAAUGUGGUGCCUUUGAGCAUCCAAUACCGAAUGAACCAAGAGCUCAUGAAUUGCGCCAAUCACCUCACGUACAAUAAACAACUUACCUGCGGUUCCGACGAAAUUGCCAAUCGAACCAUCGACGUCCCUACUGAAAAUGUAGGCCAAAACGCUCCCCUUUGGAUCGCACGUUGUCUGUGUUCCAAAUUGGAGCAUUCUAUCGUUUUUGUGGACACAAAAAAUGUCCAAUUCGACGAGGAAGUGAAUCGACAGGGAGUGAGGAAUAUCAAGGAGGCGCAUUUGGUUAGAGUCCUUGUUCAACGUCUGAAGGGCUUAAACCAUUCUGUGGGAGUGAUCGCACCUUACCGAAGUCAAGUGGAUCUUUUGCGGCAGUUGUUAGUGAAAACGGCGGAUGUCAAUACCGUGGAUCAAUUUCAAGGCCAGGACAAGGAUAUUAUUGUGUACAGUUGUACUCGCACGCGAGUAACCACCAACCACCCGGACUUGAAUGCCAAGAAUGAAAAUACCGGCCGAGAAAUCCUUGACGACGCCAGACGGCUGAAUGUGGCCAUGACCCGGGCCAAAUGCAAAUUCAUCAUGAUUGGCUCAAGAGCGGCCUUACACAGAUACAAACCGUUUCAAGAUUUUCUCUGCUAUCUUCAAGAAACUCAAAUUAUUCAGCUCGAGGCCAUUGAUGUUCAAAAUAUCGAUACAUAAUAAAGUGACAAAGAGAAUAUAUAUUUCAUUCCAGUAUA